AUGAGCGCGCACUCGAGCGCCCGCUCCAGCCAGCGCUCGAGCUUUAGCGGCUCACCGCGACACAUAACAGUGGACGAAAUGAACCAGCUGUCCAUCCGCAGUCUGGAGGAACUCAACCAACUCUCACAGGCCACGCGCCAGUUCGGAGAAGUGUAUUCAGGCAGUCCGGACGCCUCUCGACGCAGCCCCAAGUUCCUACAGAGACUCUUCGACCCUCUGGACAACAAGAGCGACGCAGAAUGUUUGUUCCGCGUGCGUAUCUCCGGCAUUCAGUGCCGCAAUCUCCAGGGACGAAGGUUUAGCGGCAAGAGUGACCCUUUUGUCGAGUUUUACUGGGACGACCCCGAGGAAAAGACACCGUACGCCACUCCAGUGAUCAAGGCGGACUUGAAUCCGAACUACAAAGGAGUGCUGAUCGCCUUUGAGUACAAAGCGCCGCUGAACGCGCUAACGAAGCGACUUUUGUCGAUUAAAGUGUUCUCGAACCGGAAAUUCCACGCCAAACACUUGAUCGGACAAACGCAGGUGGACCUGUGGAGUGUGGCGACUGGACCUGUGCAUCACGACCACCAUUUGAUUGGAUGCGACAAUGGACGCGUGGUGUUUAACUGCUACAUGGAGCAAUGCAGCGAAUGGAACAUCUCUGUGAGCGACGUAGGCGUCAUGAUGCCUGCGAUUGCGAACGAGCUGGACCGACCGGAAGGACACGAUUUCCAGGAAGACGCGUCGCUGCCGCUCAAGAAGUUUGGAGUGAGCUACAAGUGCACGAUUGGGACGAACGAGAAGUUUUACAUGGGCAACAAGCUGAAGCACGCGAUCAAAAGAGAGAUUGGAGAUAUCCAUGAAGUGAGUUUCCAGUCGUUAGCAAGGCUGGCGGUGCUGUCGUCUCGAGUGUCGAGACCGAACAGUCAGCCCAAGAGCGAAGCUGGAGCAGAGGACGAAGCUGCUGGCGACGCUCUCGUGGCUCAAGACCCCAUGGGCGUGGAAUGGGCGACUUCAUCGGACUAUCUACCUCCUAUUACACGCUACAGCACUUUCGAUGAACUUAUGUCGGCCACGCUGACGUUGGAGGUGCGUCAACUGCUGGUUGGUCGAGGUCAAAUGUCCACAGACCCGGACGGAGGGUUCUUGAGCUUGCUGGACAAGUACAAGAAUGAAACAUUGGCAACCCCGAAUAUUGACGUGCAAUUCGACGAGGAGAUCAAGAACACAAUUCUGUUCGGUCAAACGUGGUUGUCUUUGGAAAAGAUUUUUGAAGAUGCCCUGCAAGAGCGAAUGAAAAAGAAAUAUGACGCUGAUCCGAACAGCGGUAUGAAUGGUCUCGGGUUCUCUGAGCAGUUUGUCACGAGCAAGUUUGAACAGAGUCUCACAUUAAAGGGGCACCAGGUUGGCGUGAUUUACGGUACAAUUCUAUUCAAGCGAAUCCCGGACGUCCGACAGCUGCGAUGUGGUGUAAAUAGUGAGAACGGUAUCUCGUCGUCCAGCUCGGUGAUUGUAGGAGCAGUCGCGGCAGGCUCAAAGAAGAAUCUGCGCAAAUCCAAGGUGGUGAUCCCGGUCGAAGCUCAGCGUGUGUUGGAGAAGAUGCAGGAUCUGGUGGAGCUAAUGGCGAAUCGACAGAAGGAUGACAAAGAAGGCAAAGUGCGGAAGGCGACAAAGAUUUUGAAAAUGCUGCAGAUAUCGCACAAGGCCUCGAUGCUAUCGUGGGUGUACGUGUCAGCAGAAGCUCUGGAAGAAACGAAAAACAUCCUGUUGAGAUUGUGGCAGUUCCUGCUGGAGAACAUUCGCGUCCGGCAUUACACGCUGCGAAAUGUUUUCUACGAAUUGCUGUUUUAUUUAGUAAAGCGAGCGGAGCUGAGUGAUUUGCCGCUGCUGGGUUUCGACUCGACGGUGGCAACUGCCGUGUUGGGGGCCAAGCAUACGCACAAAGUGUCGAAGAAAGAUCUGGAGUUUGGCUUGAAGCUCCGUGCGAUGCUCGUUGAAACCAAGUUCUGCGUGCUACAGACAGUCUCUGUCCGUGGUGUCAUGAACAACAACCUCAUGUUCUUUGUGGCGAGAAUGUUGUCGGUGCUGUGCUUUCGGUUACCAAGUUUCGGUGUGGAGCUGUAUCAGUUGUGGUCCGAGUCGUACAAUGAACCGGUGCCUGAGCUUGCUGCUGAGUUUAGAAUGAAUGCUGACGCCGAUUUGUUCGCUAUGGAUGGAUUAGAAGCCCAUCUGGACUGGCGGCGGUUCCACAAGGCCAUUUUUGAUGAGUACGGAGAAAAGUCGUUGCGGAAUCAGGAAGAAGAAGCCGAAGACAAGUACGAAGUGACUUCUGAGGCCUGGAAAUCGCGUUUCCGUCGCCUUAACGGAGAAGCGAACACACUGAAUAUUUUGCUGGUGGACCAAUGGCUGUGGUACGUGUUGGAUACGUUGGCUGUACUCAACCAGAAGAUCGGAUGGAUACAUUUGCCUGGUUACACUCAAGUGCUGAUGGUGUUCUUCUUGGAGUUAAAGACGCAGAAGUCUGGCUGGCUACCACCCACACUGUACAAACUGUCGUGUACGAUGUUGUCCAACCCGAGCUUGAUCAACCCCAUGACUAAGUUCCUACUGAGCAGCACCAGUGUGCACGAUGUAACUGCAGUCAUCGGCGCUGUGGAACUGCUCGGCGUGUGGAUGUACAUGAUUCGAAGUUGGCGCGUUCGUUUGAGCUCGUACCGACUGUCACAUCUAGAGAACAACGAUCGCUGGAACUUCCACCAAGACGAUCAGUACUCGAUUCCAGCGGGGGAUGAAGUGUCGCUGCUUCCGCCUUCAUUCGACUUUCGUUUCCUGUGUGCUGCGCUGCGUAUUCUACUGGACUCGGAGCACACUCAGGUCGUCUUGACAACACUGGAGUUCCUAUACAACUGCUGGGAUUGUUUCCCAGAGCGACAUGCAGACAAACUACGCUUCGAGCUACUACGGUCUUUCAUCCGCCUGUUCCUGCACUGGCAUCGUGAAGUACGUAGCUUCUUCCAGACUUUGAUUGCGUUCCGAGCCAUGAAGCCUCACGGGUGGACUCAGAAGGGAGCGUCUUUCGUGAAUACGCCGCCACACAGCCGCCGCCAGAUCGAUGCUGUGGCGGCAGACUUUAACUCGUCGCUUGGAACCGAGGAGCCUAGUGACAGCGCUCGACGCUCGCGAUCCUACAGCGCGAGCAACAUUAUGGACUCGGUACAUAAACGACUAAGUUCUCCCUCCCCGCGCUCAUCUCCUCGGACGUCACCGUCACCGUCCCCGCGGAACGCAGGCUCGAGUUUAUCGUUGACGAUCUCCCCCAAUAAUCGCGGUUUUGGUAGUGGGAAUAGCACCCCGACUUCGGACUACAAGAGUGGGGACAGUUUCCAGACCAAGACGCGCAGUAUCUCGGAAGAUUACAUCAAACACCCGACGCUACAACCUAAGAUGGACUCCAACAUCCAGAUGAAGUUCAACCGACUGCUGGAGUCGAUUUACAUCGCUGCGAAGAAGUACAUUGACCAUCAGAGCGAGAGCGGGAAUCUUUUACGCAAGCAGACGAUGAAGGCAACGUGGAAGAAGAAGGGGAUGCUGCUGAAACAGGGCUUUAUCUACAAGAACACUUGGAAGAACAAGUACUUCUCGCUGCAGAACAACAAGCUAGGAUACGCCGACUCGGAACACGGCCCUAUCAAGCGCGAAAUCAACGUCAUUGGCAGUGUGGUCUCGGAGAUGUCGAAUCAGCUGGAUCACUCUCAAGGAACACGCGUGGUGCUCUUCAACUGUUUUUCCGUGGACAGCGGCUACCAGAAAUUUGUUCUCUGCGCUCCGACGUUCGAGGAACAGCGCGAGUGGAUAGAAGUGCUGGCUCAGAAUGCGACGGCGGAGACGGCCCAGCGAAAGGACAACGAGACGAUGUCUCAAUUGGAUCUUGCGGAAGUGUCGGACCAGUUGGAGUCGCUGGCUGGGAAGCACUCGACGUCCGAUGAAGUUUCCGAGAACCUGUUGCCGUACUCGGUACUGGCUGUGAAAGAGUGGCUGAACUUCCGAGUGACGGCAAUGGAGAUCGACGGUAAAAUUGCUGCUGGCCAGCCAUUCCAGAUGCCAGUGCUGCUGUCCAAGUCGUCUUUGUAUGCGGAUGAUGAUUAGACGGCUGCAAUGGCUAGACUUUGAGGGCGUCAGACGAUUUUAUGGCUGCUUUGAAGACCUUUUAGCUUCGGCGGUGGGUACGCCAGCUCUCGUGGAUUUCUUUCCCUUUAUCGUUAACAAACUAUAU